UCACUGUAAAGUGGAAAUUGAAGCCAUCAAUCCAUGUCAAAGUGUUUGUUUUGUGUCAAAAAGUGUGCGUCAAAUCAAUCCACGUCGAUCAGGAAUCAGAGCUCUCCAAACACAAAAUUCCAUGCAUUCAUCUUUCAAAUUGUACAAGCCACCAUAGUUUCUUACAACAAGAACAAAGAAGGAAAGCAAAGCAAGCUUAUGGAUAUCAUGGCAGUUGGACCAGUAAAUGUGAACGAGUUCCAAGAAUUGGCCAGGGAAGCCCUUCCAAAAAUGCACUAUGAUUUUUAUGCUGGUGGAGCUGAGGACCAGCACACGUUGAAAGAGAACGUGGAAGCAUUUCGUAGAAUCACGAUUCAGCCCAGGAUUCUUGUGGAUGUAAGCAGAAUAGAUUUGUCAACUACUGUAUUGGGUUACAAUAUCUCGGCGCCCAUUAUGAUCGCUCCAACUGCCUUGCAUAAGCUGGCACACCCUGAAGGAGAGGUUGCCACAGCCAGAGCAGCAGCUGCAUGUAAAACCAUCAUGGUGCUAUCCUUUACGUCUUCUUGCACCGUGGAGGAGGUUUCUUCCAGCUGCAAUGCUGUUCGAUUCUUUCAAUUAUAUGUAUACAAGAGGCGAGAUAUAGCAGCUGUAUUGGUACAGAGAGCUGAAAAAAAUGGAUACAAGGCUAUUGUCCUAACUGCUGACACUCCCAGACUUGGUCGAAGGGAGGCAGACAUAAGAAACAAAAUGGUUGCACCUCGAUUGAAGAAUCUAGAGGGUCUCUUAUCAAUUGAAGCUGCAUUUGAUAAUGGUUCAAACUUAGAAGCUUAUGCUAACGAGACAAUGGACGCUUCCUUGAGCUGGAAGGACAUAGAAUGGUUAAGAUCAAUUACAAACAUGCCAAUUCUUAUCAAGGGAAUACUUACUCGUGAAGAUGCAAUAAAGGCUGCAGAAGUAGGUAUUGCUGGGAUUGUUGUCUCCAAUCAUGGAGCUCGCCAGCUUGAUUAUACACCUGCUACUAUUACUGUCCUGGAAGAGGUGGUUCAUGCUGUUGGAGGGAGAGUUCCUGUUCUCUUUGAUGGAGGAGUGCGGCGAGGAACGGACGUCUUCAAGGCAUUAGCCCUUGGUGCACAAGCUGUCCUUAUUGGAAGGCCUGUUAUCUAUGGACUGGCAGCAAAGGGGGAAUAUGGGGUGAGGCGAGUCAUCCAAAUGCUGAAGGAUGAACUUGAGCUCACCAUGGCACUAUGUGGCUGCCCUAGUGUGAAGGAUAUUACUAGAAGCCGUGUGAGGACACAGCGUGAAAGACUCCCUUCAAUGCUUUAAUCUCAUAUUAUUGAAGCAUUAAGAUUAUAUGGUGGAGAUAAAUGACUCAGAUCAUCAAUCAUACAUGAAAUUCUGUAAUGGGAUUAUCUUCAAUGAUUAAGAUAGUGGGGUGGACCAUGGAAAAUUUCAUCUCCCAUAUAUUUUCUUGUAGUUCAAGUAAAUGAGGUUGUGUUUCACAUGUGGAACCUUUACAAAAUCUCAAAUUUGUGAAUUUAACGUUCUA